AUCCCGGAGAUAAACAAGAAUCUCUUACCCUUCCUCGCUUUUCUUUACAGGCUACCGGGUUGUUUCUAGCGAAAACGAAAAAGAAAAAGGAAAAAAAGCUAUAAAUUCCAGGUAGUCUCGCCCCUCCCGCGUCGACGGUUUGCCCUUCUCCCUGUCGUCUCGUAUCUAGGGCUCCCCAUCCUCUCGACCGUCGCCUUUCCUUCAGGUACAGCCUCUGCCCAAACCCCUGUCUCCUCUCUUCCCCUCUCGGACAGAUCCCCUUGGAGAAUGAAGUAAAUUUAAAAGAAAUCAAAAGAAAAAAAGGUAAGGUAAGCAAUGGAGCAGUGGAUGCAUCAGAUUGAACAAUGGGUUCGUCAGCAGCCAGUGGAGCAGCUCUAUGCUGCUCUUGCUGUUCUCAUCGUGACUCUUGCUUUCUUUGGCAUCCUCCGUUUAUUGAAGCCCUCCAAGUCUACUACCAUAGUGCUUGCCGGACUAAGUGGUAGUGGGAAAACUACUCUGUUUUUCCAGCUUCGUGAUGGUUCUCCACAUCAAGGAACCAUUGCAUCAAUGGACCCAAAUGAGGGAACAUUUGUGCUGCAUUCUGAAUUGGAAAAGAAGGGCAAACUGAAACCUGUCCAUUUGAUUGAUGUUCCUGGGCAUUCACGGCUUAGACCCAAACUUGAUGAAUUCUUGCCUCAUGCAGCUGGUCUCAUUUUUGUUGUGGAUUCUCUAGAUUUCUUACCAAACUGUCGAGCAGCAGCUGAGUAUCUGUAUGAUAUUCUGACUAAGGCAAGUAUAGUGAAGCGGAAAAUGCCCAUUUUGAUAGUGUGCAACAAGACAGAUAAAGUGACAGCACACUCAAAGGAAUUCAUCAGGAAACAAUUAGAGAAGGAAAUAGACAAGCUCCGUACAUCAAGAAAUGUCAUAUCUAGCGCUGAUAUUGCCAAUGAAUAUACCCUCGGUGUGCCUGGAGAGGCAUUCACUUUUUCUCAAUGCCGAAACAAGGUGACAAUAGCAGAAGCAUCUGGUUUGACUGGUGAGGUCUCUCAGGUAAAGCAGUUUAUCAGAGACCAUGUGGAGCCCUAGGAACUGGCUUUAUGGCCAUCUUUUUCUUCCAGAAUUGAUGGAUUUUUGACUCUCUUUCUUUCUUUUUUUUUUUUUCCUUGUUGAAGACAAAAAGGUUUAGCUCAUUCAUGAUUGACUGCAGAUGGUAUAUUCUGUUACCUUCUCAUGUGUUUUUCUUAAAAUGCUGAGACUACCCAUCUGUUACAUUUGCAUUGCUAUAAAUGUACUAGUGAUACAAAGGAAAAAAAAAGAAAUAUUGUUGGUUAUAUACCUAGUCAUCAUAUUUCAGAAUGUAUUCAAAACGUUUGGUCGGAGUGCUUCUUAUUGCCAUUUAUGGUGAUUAGGUUGUCCUGUAUAAACGAAUAAACAGAUGAGGUAUAUUCAUAUUUGCUCCAGUGGAUUAUAACACAGAACACUUAAAUUGCAUUGUUAUUGCGCGUUUGUGUGAGCGCGCAUUGUGCACACGUGCAAGUCGAUGCAUUACAAAGUGGCUCAAU